CUUCAUGCCACACUUACACAACUCCCCCGAAUCAAUUGGGCUCUUCUAGGCGGUUACAUACCAAAGACGAAGGCUUUUAUCUCGCAGCCAACCGAACCCGUACCGUCUCCAUCGAACUGGUUUACCCCACCACGUUGCCCACCACAGCCGUCAAUCCCCCCGUUCGCUAGCAUUCUCGGCCCAGCAUGCCUACGAUAACGGUAGACAAGGCGGCUCUCUUCAAAGAGCUAGGAAAAGAGUAUACAACGGAAGAAUUCGACGAGCUAUGCUUUGACUUCGGCAUCGAGCUGGAAGAGGACACGAGUCAUAGCACGAAACCGGAGGACCAGGCGCAACCGCCGCAAUUGAAAGUUGAGAUACCCGCGAAUCGAUAUGACAUGCUGUGCUUCGAGGGCAUUGCGUUGAAUCUCAGGGUCUUCUUGGAGAAGCAAAAGCUGCCGGAAUGGAAACUUAGCCCACCAGCGUCCGGGGAGCUAGAGACGCUUACGAUCAAGGAGGAGACCAUGAAGAUUCGGCCGCUCUGCUCCGGCGUUGUGCUACGGAACAUUAAGUUCACUCAAGAGAGAUACGAUUCCUUCAUUGCGCUGCAAGACAAGCUACACCAGAAUUUGGCUCGCCAGCGGACAUUAGUCUCAAUCGGAACUCAUGAUCUUGACACGAUCCAGGGUCCCUUCACAUACGAGGCUCUUCCCCCGGAGCAGAUUGAGUUCAUUCCUCUGAACCAGACCAAGAAAAUGAACGGGAAGCAGCUCAUGGAGUUCUAUGAGAAAGACAAACACCUCGGCCGAUACCUACACAUCAUUCGAGACUCGCCCGUCUAUCCCGUGAUAUAUGAUUUGAACCGCACUGUCUUGUCGCUGCCCCCGAUCAUCAACGGUGACCACAGCAAGAUCACACUCGAUACAAAGAACGUCCUCAUUGAGAUCACGGCACUGGACAAGACGAAGGUCGAGCUUGUCAACCACACGCUGGUCGCCAUGUUCGCAGGAUACGCAGAGUCGAUAGAGCCGAUUAAGAUCAUCUCACCGCACAACAACGAGUCACGGGAAGCUCCGGAUCUUACCCCGCGAGAAACACAGGUCGAGGUUGAUUAUCUGAAUCAGGUCACCGGUUUGGACCUAUCACCGGCUGAGAUAUCCAAGUUGCUAUCGCGCAUGGGCUACACCAUAACUGACUCCCGCUCAGACAGCAACCUCUUGGAUGUAUCUGUGCCAAUUACCCGGGCGGACGUUCUACAUCAGGCCGAUAUAAUGGAAGACUAUGCUAUUGCAUACGGUUUCAACAACCUUCCGCGCCAGAACCCGAACAAGUCAGCCACAAUUGCAGCCCCACUCCCAAUCAACAAGCUCAGCGAUAUUGUGCGGUUAGAAUCGGCAGCUGCUGGAUGGAACGAAGUUAUGCCUCUCAUCUUGUGCUCACACGAAGAGAACUUUGAGUGGCUAAAUCGGAAAGACGACGGAAAGACGGCCGUCAAGCUCGCCAACCCGAAGACAGUCGAAUACCAAAUCGUGCGAACGUCCUUACUACCCGGGCUACUCAAGACUAUAAACUCCAACAAGCACCAUGCAAUGCCAAUCAAAAUCUUCGAAGUCAGCGAUGUUGGCUUCAUAGAUCUGUCGUUGGAAAGGAAGAGCCGAAACGAGCGGCACUUUGCAGCAGCCAUCAUGGGGAAGACAAGCGGAUUCGAGCAAGUGCACGGCUUGCUGGACAGGCUGAUGCUGAUGCUCAAAUCGGCCUUCAUUACGCGAGAGGAAGGUCUGCAAAAUCCAAAGUUCUCUGGGUACUGGAUCGAGGAGGUUGAUGAUCCAACCUUCCUCGAGGGACACGUAGCUGCUAUUAAGCUGAACAUUGAUGGCAAGAAUGAGACUGUCGGCGUUUUCGGCAUCCUGCAUCCGUCGGUGUUGCAGAAAUUCGAAAUACCAUAUCCCGUUAGUACACUGGAGUUCAACCUCGAAGUCUUCUUGUAGCCAGUCGGUCCAUACGGUUAUAGGCGCUCUUCGUGCAUAGGAAAAGUUCGCUUGAAUUAUAGUAGAUACCUAGAUUUCAUUGCGAGAAUGAAAGAGGGUAGAUUUGUGUCACACGACUUGCGACACGCUGAAAAGCUCCAAUCACCACUUUGAAC